AUGCUAGGUAGACAUUUAAGAGCCGGCCGUUUGUGCGGUUCUGGCGAUAAAGCCAUGGCAAUGCAAUGCGCGUCGAUGCGCAACCUUCUCUUACUCGCGGCGCUGUGUGUUAGCAGCAGCAUAUGGGGCCUGACUGGGCGGGUUGAAGCCGCAACCACUCCAACAGAGAACGCGGCUCUACUCGGCAUGAAGGCAUUCAUGAGUCCUGCGGCGCUGUUCGCCAGCUGGAAGGGCGACGCCUGCGACGAUAAGUGGAUGGGGAUCAUCUGCUCCACAACCGUGCCGCAGCAUGUCGUUGGCAUCAACCUGGAGUCUCUCGGGGUGAAGGGCUUGCUGUCGAAGCACAUUGCGUGGCUGCCCUUCCUCCAGAUCCUCAAUCUGCAGGACAACCAAUUCGCGGGCGAGUUGCCCAAGGAGAUCGGCACGCUCAAGUUUCUCGAACACAUUGACGUGCGUCUGAAUAAGUUCACUGGUCCGUUUCCUGACACCACGCUCAUGACCAACCUGCAAUAUGUUGAACUCUCCAAGAAUGACUUCAAGGGCCCUUUCCCGGAGUCCCUACUUGGACAUGACAAGAUCAUCUACAUUGGCUUGGCGGGCAAUUCCUUCCACGGGCCCCUUCCGCUGGACUUUUCGGGUCUCAAAUCGCUCACGCACAUGUCUCUCGCAGACAACAAAUUCAACGGCACCCUUCCCGAGAGCAUCGGCGCGCUGCCCAACAUUGAGGCGCUCGAUGUCAGCAAGAAUAACUUUGUUGGCGCCGUGCCGACUACCUACCAGAACAUCGCAAAACUCAAGAUCAAGGGAAACCCUAAACUCGAGGGCGGCAAAGUCGGCGAGGGCGGAGGAAAGAAGGGAGGAAAGGGCCGCAAGCACGGCAAGCACGGGAAGCACGGCAAGCACGGCAAGCAUGGCAAGGGAGACGCCCCCGGUUCCGCCGCCGCGCCUUCCUCCGAACCUAGCCCCGCCGCACCUCCUUCCGAAGCGCCCCCGUCCGAGCCCGCAGUCCCCGUGCCACCGACCAAACCCGUCGUGAAGCCCCCGACCAAACCCAUCAUGAGGCCCCCGAAACCCGGGGGAGUCGCUCCGCUCCCCGACCCCACCGAGCAGCCUUCCGCGCCCGGGUCCCUCCCCGCGCCCGUCGUCCGCCCGCCUGUGGUGAAACCCCCUGUCGUGAAGCCCCCCGUGAUCAAGCCACCCGUUGUCAAGCCCCCUGUCGUUAAGCCUCCCGUCGUCACCCCUCCCGUUGUCAAGCCGCCGGUCGUUAAGCCCCCCGUGGUUACGCCGGUUCCCCCCAUCGCGGAGCCGUCUCUGCCGUCCGUGCCGGAGCUUCCGCCGGCGCCGGCGACGGAGUGCGACUCGUGCAACCUGAACCAGGUGGCGUGGCGGCCAAUGGCGGACGACAGCACGAGCGCGAACCCGAAGCUCAGCAGCAACGCGUCGGCGUGCGUGUGCGUGUACCCGCUGCGCUUCCGCCUGCACAUGAGCAUGAACUACGCCAACUUCGACGAGAAGAAGCAGCGGGACCUUGAGAUGCAGCUGGCGGACGAUCUUAUUGUCAACUACGGCCAGGUGCGCCUGCUCUCGUCGCGGCCCGGCAGCGUCGUGGCGGAUCUCGCGCUGGGUCCCGAGGCGCCCGUGAGGACGCUGCAGCCGGCCGUCGUGGAGCGCGUAUUGGCGCUGCUGCGCAACAACCAGCUCUCGCUCUCGGGAUUCGGCUUCGUCGAAGUCACGCUCGUCGAGCCGCCCGCGGAGCUGCUCCUGCCUGCGCCCACGAAUCAAACCACCCCUGAUCAGGCGCCCGCGGACGAGGGCAGCGGCGGAUGGUCCGCAGCGGCGAUCGCGGGCGUGAUCGUCGGCGCGCGCUCCGUCAACUCGGACCCGCUCGGAACGACGUUCGUCGGGACGCUGCCCAGCGGGCAGGAGAUCGCGGUGAAGCGCGUCGAGCCGAGCGUCGUCGAGGGCCAAUCGGACGACGAUUUCGUCGCGGUCGCGUCGAACAUGGCGCGGCUGAAGCACCCGAAUGUCGUGCAACUCCAGGGGUAUUGCGUGGAUUACGGGGAGCGCGUUCUGGUGUUCGAGCACUACCCGCACGGGUCGCUGUUCGACCAGCUGCACGGGAACAGCAAGGUGCCGGCCGCCGCGGAGCCGUCUCACCAGCUCACGUGGGCUGUGCGCAUUGACAUCGCGAUUGCGACGGCGCGCGCUCUUGUCUACCUGCACGAGGAGUGUGUGCCGGCCAUCAUCCAUCGCAACAUCUCAUCGCGCAACAUCCUGCUCGACAAGCGCCUCAAGGCGCGCGUUGCUGGCGCCGGCCUCUCCUUCCUCAAUCCCGUGGGCGCUGACGACAAGUCGCUGUCGGACCAGCUGGUGGGGGGCUUUGCAUACAACGCGCCAGAGUAUGCCAUGUCGGGCAUCUACACGGCCAAGAGCGACGUCUACAGCUUUGGUGUUGUGCUGCUCGAGCUUCUCACAGGCCGCAAGCCUGUCGACCCCUCCAAGCCCAAGCCGGAGUCCUCGCUGGUGCGGUGGGCGGCGCCUCUGCUGCACAACCCCCAGGAGCUCGAGUCCAUUCUCGAUACCAAGAUUGCUGGGCCUCUGCCAGACGCUGCCAGGCUUGCGGCGUUUGCUGAAGUCAUCACCCGCUGCAUCCAGCCGGAGCCCGAGUUUCGUCCGAGCAUGUCCAAGAUAGUGAGCGACCUCAACCACAAGGUGAAGGUGUUGCAGCCGGGCAGCUCGCGCCACCGUGCUGGCUCUGCCUCCCCUGCCUCGUCCCUCAACGGCUCUCUGGCCGGCUCCAUUCACUAG